AUGCUGUCUCUUGACGAGCAAAUAGCAGAAGUGUCGGGGAAGCUCGCGGUGGACCCUGGUAACCAAGGCUUAUGCAAGCACCUGGAGACACUGUGGAAACUUAAGGAUUACCAACAACAACAACAACAACAACGCGAGGAAGCGCGACGACAAUAUGAGGACAACCUUCUGGACGAGGCCCUCAAGAAUAUUAAAGCCAACCCCCACUCGCAGACUGCCAAGGAUGAGUGGGAGCGGGUGUUGAUUCGGACAGGGCGCAAGGAGCACGUCGAGAUCGAUGUCCAGUGCAUACUGCAUACGUUUCGCUCUGCAUGGCAGAAAUUAGCAUGGCCCUUCCAUGUGGGCAAGCCAGCAGAAAAGGGGGCUGUGGACGAUGAUGAUUGGAGGGGUAGUGGCCAUGAUGACUGGGCUCCCGACGAGCACCUUUGCUUGUUUGUGUUUGCAAUAGAUGCAGGUGCAGCAGCCCCCCUGCAGGGCAUCAAGUUAAGACCGAUGGCGGUGGUGAAGACCAUUAGUAAUGCAUUCCGUUGA